AAAAAAAACAGACCAAAAAAAAGUCACCCUUAAUUUGCCUUGUAAGCUUUAAAACAUUGAUCCAGGCCAUGCUUGGGUCUGUGGACACAACUUUGUUCAGUUCUUCAAAGACAGUCAGGAUUAUACUCAGAAUUAAGCUUUCCUUUGAAGAAACAAAGCAUUAUAAAGUCAUUUCACUCAAUUUUAAUGUAUUUUAAUAAUUUUUUUAUUAAAUUAUUAUAGAAAUGCAACUUGAAUUAAGGAAGGUCUUACUAAACCAGAGCAGAUGUUUUCACUUUUUCUCCUCCUUUACCAAGGUUUAUUACAGAACGCUGAGACGUGUGAGUAGAUUAGUAGCCCUUGUAUUUUAUUUAGUUAUUAUCUUGAGUAUUAUUGUGACUGCAGAGCUGCGAGGGUUCAGGCUGGAUUUAACAUGAGCACCAGAUCCUUGAAGUGUAUUUUCUCCUCUCGUCCACAGCAUGUGGGGUGUGGACAAACAGUGCAGCGAGCUGUCUAGCCAGGUGUCCAGUCUGGCUGCCAAUCUGAGUGUUGGUUCUCCGUCCAACCUGCUCUUGGGUAGAGAUGAGUGGUUGGGCCGACCGGUGACCAACAUACAUCAAGGUGCCAUGCUAACCGUCAACACAAACUCCAGUGUGAGCAUAAAGUCAGAGCCUGUCUCACCUGGCCGGGAUCGCAGCACCCCCUGUCGUCCUCCAUCUUCAACCACGCCGUCCUCAACCUCAGGAGGAGCCAUCCUGACCACUCCACCCCAGUACCCUGGCUCACUGCUGUGCCUGGAGCCCCCGACUGGCCGUUCACCUGCAGACAGUGUAAGCAGCAACGCAAGCUCCUUUGAAGGCAGCGAUCGCGAUGACGCCAGCGCUGCAGGCGGCGGUGGCACAGGUGGAGGUGGCGGCGGUAGUGGUGGAAGCACGACCGGCGGUACCAGUGCUGAGCUCCUUAGGGUGUCAAAUGACCCAGAGCAGGAGGGAGGGAACAUAAAGCGCAUGAGAUUGGAUGCCUGGGUCACAUAGAGGCUCAACCUCUCUGCACCUGCAGUCAAGUUUUGGUGACUCUUAAACAUUUAAUAACACACACCCACACUUAAUGUUAAUCCCCCCCACUGACCCCACCCCACUGCCAUGUGACACUAUCAUCACACAUCUGCCUCUGUCCAGAAUUAUACUCCUCGGCUGCGCCACCCAGACUUAUGAGGCUUUGCCAAAACACAUAAAAACACAAAAAUAAAUUUAAAAAAUCCUCUGGGGAUCACGCUCUGAUUGAGCAAAAGGUGGCUUAGAGCUCAGCUGGAUUUACGUCCCGGGUAGGCCCUUGAGUAGAGGGGGCAGUAGAUUUUUAAAGCCUUUUUGCUUGAAUGGACUUCUGUAUCGUGAUUUUUCUUUUGUUAGGAAUGAGGAGUUGAGCCUUUUUGUUUUUUGCAAUCUGACGAAACCACGUAAACAUUUCUUUCACAUGGUUUCUGCAUCACAUUCUCAUAUUUACACGCCGCUCUUACGUUGUUCACAAUGUGAUUGGUGGCUCGUCAACCUUAUGGGACACCUGCUGCAUGACUCGCCACUUCCUGCUCUUUACAAUCCAACAUCAUUUAAAUUGUGUGUUGUUCAUUCUUCCGUAAGUCACUUUCAAACUGCACUAAUGGAAACGACUUGAUGUGGGCAAGUUUGAGGACUGAGCGCCUAUCUGGCACUAAUGGGACUCAGACCGAGUCUUUGUGGGUAUUGAUAGUGCUGCCACUGUCACCGACCUCAUGCAACCAGGCAGUCCCGAGCCCUCAGGUGGCACUCUGUGGCUGUGGAGUCGAGCACCCUGCCAGAGUGCCAAUAUCAGCUUCUCUUCAAGGGGAAAAAAUGCCAAAUGCCUCUUGCACACAGUGCAGGAACACUGACACAGGAUCAGUCGUACUGUCAUGGAAAAGUUGAGAACUAGAAACUGACUACAGGCUUUGUUUAAGCCGUCACUUUGUCCACAGACUGGGUGCUCCUCCCAUUCAUUCACCUCAUCUUUUCUGGAUGGAAAUUGUUGCAACAGAAAUCCAGCCAGUCACUCAGCUUAUCACAAGGAGUAGAUGCCAUCCAGUUUAAAUGCAUAGGAAUUUUAUGAGCCUCCUUUUUGUUUUGUUUUGGGGUUUUUUGUUUUGCUUUUUGUUCGUUUUUUUUUUUUUUUUUUUUUUUUUUUGAGUAGGGAAGUGUUUGGUUCCUUCAGUCCAAGUGUUCUUUAUCUGUUUGUAAUUGGAAAUCUGUUUUAAAGGUCCAUUAGUCGUCCAGAGGUAGAAAAUCUGACUUUGUAUAAAAAUCACUCCUUAUACAAAAGCUUUGAUGUCCUCCUUAGCUCUCUAUAUCUCUCCUUAGCUCUUUGCCGUGUUUCAAAAAGUGAAAGGAAAAGACGUUUUCUAUAUUUCUACUGCUUCAAGUUGGCGACAAAGUUAAAUAGCUUUUCAGCUUCAACAACGUGUAUGUACAUAUGAAUAUAUUUGCAUAGACUUUGCUAGGUAUCCCUAAAAACAAGCAAUGUGUUAAUUCUCAGUGGAUCUGUUUGCAUAUAUGAGUGUGAAUUUGAUAUGUUUCGAGCUACGGUGCAGGAGUUACGCCACACUCUGUAGUGUUGGUGAAUCUGACUUGGUUUUAGUAACCCUAUUUUAUUCUAGUGUUGAUGGUGUGCGCACUUUGUCUCACUCACAGAGGCCUGCUUGGUUGUGGUGUCAUCAUAUUCUCUUGCCACACUUUUUUAAAACCCUACAAUUGAAGGUAAAUUGUACACAGUGAUGUAAACUCAUUAUUAUUAUCAUUAUUAUUAUUAUUAUUAGGACACUGCCAUUCACAUAUAUUGUAGUUAUAGAGAUAAAAAUACACUUUGAAUUGAGUGUAUUGUAUAAAAUAUUUUCCACAUUAAGCAGACAGAUAUGCCCAUUUCCCCUUUUUGAAAUUAAGUCAAUAUAUUUCAAAGAUUUAAUUGUCUAAAAAAAUAUUCAAGUUGGUGUACGAGUGUGUUAUCCCAUUUAAUUAUAGAUCAUAGUUUCUCUUGAUUGCCUGACCUUUUUUUCUUGAGACAAUACUCAAAAGUGCACACUAAUGUGUCAGUUCAUGCUGACUUUAAAGUCAGCGUAUGUGAGGCAGCUGCUUAAUUUAUAGAUGCAGUCAGAAGCAGCCUGCAAACCACAGUUCUGUACCGUGGUUUGUUGGUGAGGACGACACGUUAAAAGGCUGUGUUGUUUGCCACGAUCAAAUAAAAGUGGAGAGCGUUUCACUCUAAGUUCAGGAUUGAAUAUCGCAUUCAACAAGCUAAUGUUGAAGUAAAUUUGAACCUUAAAGGGAUUUUAAUAUUACCGAAAUGUUAUUUGCUUUCUUGCCCAGAGUUAGAUGGCAAGGUUGGGAGCUCGAGUUUUAUUUGUGUGAAGAAUAUGAAGCUUUAGACAGAAUCUAGUUUACCCUCCUAAGAAACUGCUCACUCUGCUCUGUCCAGUGCCAACACAGCUCAUGGGCUGGUAAACAUCAAGCUUAUUAAAUUAUGUCCAAUAGUAAUUGAUUAGAAGUGAAACUGAUAAGAAGAAUCAGAACAUUUUCACAUUUAUUAACUUUUAACUCCAUUUGAGUUGCCAAUCUAAAAGCAAUAAAAAAUAAUAAUAAAAGUAGGAAAAAUCUAAUAGUAACCUCCAAAAGUACAAAACAAACAAAAAAAAAAACACAAAACAUUAUAAUUAAUUUGGAUUUGCAAUACUUAACUGCACCAGUACUGACAUUUAAAAACAAAAAUUAUAUUCAUUUUAAUAUUUAAUUUUUGUUCAGAUAUUUGUUUAUAAUGUAAUGUGACUGCAAUUUACUUCUCAUCAUGUGUGAUUUCCUUUUUACUCUUUUACUGACCAAGUUUCUCCAGUUUCUUUCAAUGUGGUAUUUUAAAAGUAAUUUUGGGGCCUAAAAAAGGGAAACAAAAGCCACAACAAAUGGGGCUAACGAUGGAUUUUUUUAGUUAUUAUAUUUUCUGUAUGUGUUGCAAUAAUAUUAUAAUUUUUUAUUUUUGUGCUGCUUCUGUGACAGAACAAGCAAACCUCAAAACAAAUCUGAUAGAACUAAAAAUGUAGGUCACAUUUUCACAUGUAGCAGCCAGGUUCAAGUGAGUAAACUAAUCUGAACUUAUCAGAUGGUGGAAGAUGAUACUCAUGGAUUUAAUAAACAGUAUUUAUUACUGACCUUGAAACUGAAACCAGUUGCCUGAACCAGAUAUGAAAAACCAACAACAGAGACCUUCAUGUUUUACUCUAAACUAUGCGACUCAGUUGAAUCAGUUGAUUUGUUUGCAGACCAAGACAUAACAUCUAUUAAAUUCAUAAAUGAUUGUUUAUUCUCUUCAGUUUAAAAUAAUUUUAAUACGUUAGUCUUACUGCAGCUUUAGUUGUGCUGACUGUCAGGUUUUGUUGUUUUGGACAGAGCUGGGAUGGCUGUUUCUCCAGGUUUCUAUACUAAGCUAAAGUAAGCAAGCCUUCUUCUUCAGCUUCAAAUUUACUGUUUACACAAGAGUGAACUUUUAAGCUCUCAGCCAGAAAACAAAAAGUGGUCCAGACAGAGACAAAUAACAAUUUCAUUGCCUUUUUUCCCACCCUUUUACACAUAAUCUCCAUAGCAACUCUUUGUGGUUGCUGAUGGUUAACUGAAAUGUGACACCACUCCGAUUGGCUUUGUCCAUGUACAAAAAAAAAGGUUCUCUGUCCAAUCUAGCAGUGUAGUCAAGAGACAAUCUAUAUGAGCAACAUGAUAAAACCUGCACCCCUGUUACUUGUUGUGUACAAUGUUUUUUAGAAUCUCACUAUUUUUGGAUUAAUUUGUGCUGGUGACAGUUCCAUUGUCUACUAUUACUAUGAUAUUAUUAUGGAGCUUUUCUUUUAUUGCUAUUUUGUGUAGGAUAGCCAACUGUUUUUAUUUCCUCUCUUCUUUUAUCUUCCUUAUCAUAAACAUACAGUACUGGUUUCCUUUUUUGAAACAACUUGCUGAAAAUUGCACGAUCAGUUCUUGUGGUAUUAGCAAAUGCAAUGAAGGAAAUACCAGUUAAAUGCUGCAAUUUUAAUCAAGAUAUAGAAUAUAUUUAUAACAAUGGGACAUAACUGAAAUUAGUAAAUCAUGAAAUUUGAAAAAAACAAAUGCAUGGGAUACAGGUAACAAAAAAAGCUUAUGUUACAUACAGUAAUGAUAAGGACAUGCGUCACAAAUGAGUUCUAAAACAGCUCAGAAUAAUGUAGCAUAUGAAAUACUAAAGAUGAGAUUUAUAGCUAAUAUAUUGUCGAGCUGGUGUGCUUUGGGUUUUAUUGUAAAGAAAAUAUUUCUUUUUGUUGUUCUUUUCUUUUCUUUUUUUUUUUUGAGAAUGAUAUACAUUUGUGUAUAUUUUCAUAUACAAAGUAUGCACUGAUAUGUUAUUGAAAUUCUAUACCGCUUUUACAAAAAAGUGUUUGUUGUACCAAAGUAUCCAAGUUCCUUGAAACCUUAUCCUUUUUGCGUAUGUUUUACCGUAUUUUAUAUAUUAAAUAGACAAAUUGAGUGAAA